GUGGUCUUAGGACCACCUAUCCUCGGUGAACCAGCCACAAGUGUAAAUGCGUGGACGCCUUGUGAGUCGUGCUUGGCAUUGAGAAACCCUUUUUUUCCAUGUUCUGUGUAGUUUCGACAUUCUCAAAUUCCAAAUAUAAAAACAAUCGGCUAGUUUUGUAAGAACUUAACGCGAUAUCAAUAACUCCUUGAUCUCGUAUCUUUCUGUAUUUCCUUUUUAUUUUAACUCUCCGAACAAAUGGUUGAAUCUGUUUCAGGAAAUGAUCCUCAAACCAGUUCGGGUCUGGAUGGUGAUUGGCGCCAAGGUCUUGACGAGCCAUCCAAAUAUACGAAGAGGAGGAGGAGGAGGAGGAGGAGGAGGAGGAAUACAGAUGUAAGCAGCAGCAGUGCAUUAAAUGGCGCUAGUGAUCUAUCACUAUCGGAGGCUCUGUCUCAGAUUUCUAAAGAUCUAAGUCUAUCUUCACCUUCAUUAUGUUCUGGAGAAGAAGAAGCAGACAAGGAGAAUAUUGAGCUAGCUUUACAUCAUUUAGAGUGUUAUGGGGUUGAUAUGCUGUCAUCGGACAGCAAUGAAGAUGAGGAUGAGAUACAAGCCACAUCAGUUUUUGGUGCAAGUGAAUCGAAGGAUAGUUGUCAAAAACCAGAAGUUGGGAUGGAAUUCUCUUCUGAAGAGGAGGCUUACAAAUUUUACACAAGUUAUGCAAAUAAGAUUGGUUUCAGAACAAGAAAAGGGAAGGUGCAACGAUUGUCCAACGGAACCAUUAGAAAAAGAUUCCUCUUUUGUUCGAAACAAGGGUUUCGAUUGAAGAAACAAGCUGACAAGAUAACGAAGUACAAGAGGAAAGAAACAAGAACAGGUUGUAAUGCCAAGAUCCAGUUUUCAGUUGAAAAUGGAAAAUGGGUGGUCUCGCAAUUUUCUCAAGAGCACAAUCAUGACCUUGAAGAUCGUAGGCAUAUCACAAGAUCAUGCACUAAAACGUCCGAGGCUCACUUGAUUCACACCGGAAAUAACGCAGAGAUGGCAAUGGAUGCUGGAGCUCCAAAAUGCACAGAAUUAUGCAAUAUGGUUUGGAGUACACAUCCUGAAGAAGUUCAAAUCCUGUUAAAUUAUCUGAGGCGUCUGCAGGUGGAGGAUCUGUCACUCUUCUAUGCAGUUCAGCUUGACUCUGAUAAUCGCCUGAAAAAUCUUUUCUGGAGAGAUGGGAGGUCCAUGGUAGACUAUGACUACUUCGGCGAUGUUCUUAUUUUGGACACAACUUUUAGGAUGGACAAAUAUGACAUGAUCUGUGCACCAUUUUGGGGACUCAAUCACCAUCGGCAGUAUGUCAUGUUUGGCUGUGCUUUCUUGCUUGAUGAAAGCAAGGAGUCAUUUGUGUGGUUGUCGAGACUUUUUUGGAAGCAAUGGGAAGAAAACAACCAAAAACAAUUGUUACUGAUGAGAACCAAGUGAUGGUGAUGCAGUAAAAGUGGUGUUGCUGGAUGCAGAACAUCUGUUUGGUGUGUGGUUUAUCCGCCAAAAAGCAUUAAAGCACCUAUCUGCAUUUUAUAGUCAACCUGAUUUUGUCAACAUCUUCAACGAAUGCGUCUCUUAUUGCCAAAAUGAGGAAGAAUUCGAGUCAAAGUGGGAUUUUCUACUCAAGAAAUUCAAUCUCUGUGAAAACGCCUGGCUGAACAAUCUGUACUUGUCACGAGAAAGAUGGGCUAAUGUCUUCCACAAGAAAACUUUCUCCGCAGGCAUAAGAUGGUGCAACGACAAUGUCAAUGUUUUCCAAAAUUCAACAAGUGACACCAUGGACCUGUCAAUGUUUGUUCAUCAGUAUCUUAAAGUGGUAGAAACACAGCGCUCGGCAGAGCUAAAUGAAGAUAUGCGUUGCCGUGAAACAAUCAAGGUGUUAAGUUCCAGCGCAAUGGAGAAACAAGCAGCCAAUAUAUACACCCCCACAAUCUUCAACAUAUUUCAAGAAGAAUUAAUAAAAUGUUUGUCAGUGGCCAUAGAAGAAAUUGCUAGUGAUGGGACGAAUGCUACAUUCAAGCUGACAGAGGAAGGCCAGAAGGAGAGCAUUGUUGAACUCAGCUGUCUGGAUUCUAAUCUUGCAUGUAGCUGUAGGAAAUAUGAAUCAGAAGGAAUUUUAUGUGUCCAUGCCUUAAAGGUACUCAAUGCAAGAAAUGUCUUUCGUA